AUGGGUUCGCUUCGAUCCGUGCUCAACCUGAGCUUGCUUGCGGGCUUUGCCGCAUUCGUGGUCCCCGUAGUCGUCCACUUCCUCACGGUCUUCGGUCCCUUCCUUGUACCAAAGCCCACAGUUCUGGGCGAGGGACAAGGCCCCAUUUAUAUCCAAGAUACGGUUCAUUGCGAGGAUGUUCACCAUUACCUCCCGGCAAAUUUGCUUUUCACCGCGUGCGAGGAUGUGAAAGAGACGCGCUUCAAGUGGUUCCCAGGUCUAGGACACUACUUGGAGCCUCAGCCUCCCGCUCGUGGCUCUAUCCACGUUGUUGACCCAACGACGUUUGAGUCGAAGAGACUGGAAUUUGAAAACUUUGAGUCUUCGUUCGUAACUCAUGGCAUUGAUGUCAUUGGAGAUCCCCAGAAAGCGGACGCUGUCUAUAUUUUUGCGGUCAACCAUCUUACCAAUCCCGAGUACUUUGGCACAAGUGAGCCUCCCAAAGGCACGCCCAAAGCUCGCUCGCAGAUUGAGCUAUUCCACCACGUCCUCGGAUCCAACUCGGUGAAGCACAUCCGCUCCAUCAGACACGAGCUCAUCACGACUCCCAACGAUGUCUAUGCCAUCAGCCCCAGCGAGUUCUACGUAACCAAUGACCAUUUCUACCGAGAAGGUCUGAUGCGUAUGCUCGAGGACACUGUAUACAUGGCCAAGUGGUCGAAUAUCAUCCACGUCCAGAUCACCGACUCCAAGGCAAAAGACGCCACAGCCGGCCUCGAAGUCUCCGUUGCGCACGCGGGCCUGCACAACAACAACGGGCUUGGCCACGGCCGCACCGCAAACGAGAUGAGCUAUAUCUCGCCAACUGGUCGCCCGCAAACCACUCCCCUCUCCAUUUCUAUCCACACCACUCUUGCGUUCAAAAGCGCCACUGACAACCCGAGCUACUACACGGAUCCCUACCGUACCGACGCAGAUGAUGCGAGCGGCAUUGUCAUCGCGGGGACUACGAAAGACCCUAACGCUCUGGAUCCACUCAAGGUUUGGUAUGCUCGGCUUGGUAAUAAGGGCUGGGAGCAGAAACUCUUGUUUGAGGAUGAUGGGUCGCGCAUUCGCUCUGCCAGUGCGGCUGUCCUGGUGCCUAUCGCACCGGAGAAUGGCAAGAAGCUCGCCUGGCUGUUCGUGACUGGGUUCAUGUCAGAGAGCAUGGUGGCCGUGCAGGUGGAGUUAUAG